AUGGCUAAGGAGAACGAAUCGGCUUCGCAGGCCACCGUCAAUGGAGACAAUACACUCACGAGAUCUACGAUGUCGUCCAUCGGGGAAGAGGAUGCGUUUUGCUUAGGGAAACACAUGGAGAAUGUACGAGAUAUCGAUGGUGCCGUCCGAGGGUUCCUCAUUCUUGGCGUGAUGAUAGACUUGUGUUAA